UUCCAAAGGUGAAAACUACAGAAGUAUGUAGAUGAGAGGGAAAACCUUCCUGUCAGAUCCAAUUGAAAUCUCCAUCCUGGGACCAGCUGCUCCUCUGUUGCUAAGGUCCUUCCAUCGUCCCACUGCAGCGAACAAACCCAACACUGGGCAACCCUCUAAGAUGUUUAUUUGGACCAGUGGCCGGAGCUCUACAUCUUACAGACAUGAUGAGAAAAGAAAUAUUUACCAAAAAAUCAGGGAUCACGAUCUACUGGACAAAAGGAAAACAGUCACAGCCUUAAAAGCCGGAGAGGACCGGGCCAUACUCCUCGGGCUGGCCAUGAUGGUGUGCUCAAUCAUGAUGUACUUUCUCCUGGGAAUCACCCUGCUGCGAUCUUACAUGCAAAGUGUCUGGACAGAGGAGUCUCAGUGCACGCUGCUCAACGCAUCCAUCACAGAAACCUUCAACUGCUCCUUCAGCUGCGGUCCAGACUGCUGGAAAAUCUCGCAGUACCCCUGCCUCCAGGUGUACGUUAAUCUCACCUCUUCUGGUCAAAAGCUCCUGCUCUACCACACCGAAGAGACAAUGAAAAUCAAUUCUGAGUGCUCGUACAUACCCAAGUGCGGCAAGAACUACGAAGAAUCCAUGUCGCUUGUGAACGUUGUCAUGGAAAACUUCAGAAAGUACCAACGCUUCUCCUGCUUCUACGACCCUGAGGGUGUUCAGAAGAAUGUGAUAUUAACUAAACUGUACAGCUCCAACGUGCUGUUCCACUCGCUCUUCUGGCCCACCUGCAUGAUGAUCGGUGGGGUCGCCAUCGUCGCUAUGGUAAAGCUGACUCAAUACCUUUCCCUCCUCUGCGAGAGAAUCCAAAGGAUCAACAGAUAAAAGCAAAGACUUCUCCGAGAUGUAUUUACAGCUAAAAUACUGUUUUCUCAUUCUUCACCAAAGAACCUUAAGUUUGUAAUGUGCAAGUCUGUUCUAACUUCCUUACUAUAUUCUUAUAAGUAGAGCAAUAAUGCAACAGCUGUUCUAUAUGCAAACAUGAUGUUAUUAUUAUGCAGACAACAGAAGAAAAGAAACUACUGUUUUGUGUUGACCGUCUGUAUGAUCUUGUUUUAUGCUGAGAAUAGUCCUUCUUUCUUUUCAACAGCCAAAAUAGGGCUCAGUGUGACCAUUUGCCAAGCUUAGUCAAUGAAUACAUUGACAUUUUCAAUGUAAAGGAUUCUGGGGAAAACUCACCCUUGGACAAAGAGCAGCAAAUGACUUGUGCAUCACUUAGGUCUCACAUCUGAUGCAGUCCACGCAACAGAUCUGUGGUUUUAUUUUUAUUAUUACUAUUGGCUGCAGGGAAUAAAAGCAUAGAACUGACGCUUGUCUGUGAGCAGAGUGUGCAGAAUAGCCCUAUUUUGAGGCCAGUAUAAGGCAGGAACAGUAUUUGCAGCCUAAGCAGGACUUGGUGAUGCCUUGUGUUAGUUUCCCCAGUUCAGAAGUCAAUUUUACUCUUUGAUGUUACGGUCUUCUGUUAAACAUUGUUGUUUUAUUUAGUGCUAUAUUUUUCUUAUCUGAUCAGCGUCAUCUUUGUCACCUACAGAAGCUGUAGCCAAAAAAACAAAAAAAAAAAAACCAUGUUGUUCCAUUUUCUACUCCAAUCUGAGCCCUAUUGAUGGAAAUGGGACCAGAACACCUUAUGUAAAUGUUUAUUACUCAUUUGUCUUGUAUUUGCUACCACAUCACUGUAAUGAAAA